AUGCUUGGCACCCAGCAUAAUUGUAAUUCUCGUAACGAGCUCAAAGGGAAUUUGUGGGAUAGAUAUAUGUGGCUAUUCACUAGUGGCGGUGGCAGACACGUUCCGGGAAUUUGUCUGGCUCCAAAUAAGUCAAAGAAUAAUCUGUAUGGCGAAAUGAACUACGACGAUCUGAAUGUGCAUGAUAUGACUUUGCUAUUAAACUGUGUGUGUCCAAACUUGUACCAACUAUAUCCCUCUCCAAUACUUUUAUCUCAUCUUCCAGUUUUGCUGCCGCUAGCCAGGAGAUUGGAAAUGCCAAAUUUGUUACUCUGCUGUGAGAAAGUUUUGGAAGACGACUUAGAAAAUGAUAUGAAUCACCCUCGAAACCUCCUAAUUAGUUUAGAUUUCGCAAUCAAAUAUGAUUUUAAUGUUGAACUACAAGCCAGAUUAUUACGGCGUUUGCUCAGGGGAACGUUUCCGGAAGACAUAACCAAUGAAAAUUUAUUUUACGAAAAAACUGGACAUAUCAUAGCACUUGCACAUAUCCAGUUUCUUAAGAAGCGGUUCAGUCAUGCGUCACCAAAGAUCGUAGAAGGCGGAGAAGAAAACGGUCCAGCCAGUGGAAGAAACGACGAUGCGCAUUUUUGCUAUGGCCUUAAGGAGCGGUCUUAG